AUGCCGAUAGAAGAAAAUAGACCGAACGGGACUUACUGUGCAAGAGCGCGGCCGCGGAGGGGAGGGAAGAGAGGGGAAAACCGAAACCGGGUUUGUGUGUCGACCGGCGAAGCGUUACGAAAGAAGCUCCUUCGGAUUUACUCGCUUUCCGUCGACCUCGGUCCCUUUCCCUUUUCUUUAUCGGUCGCCGGCGGCGCUCCGGCCGACGGUUUUUUCCCCCGGUCCGAGCCGGGGUGGCGCUGCGACUCGGUCGGCCGCGCGGCGCUCAUUCUUAUUCCCGUCGCGCCGCCCAUCGCACCGCCGGCUUUCCAUGGCGCAGUUACUGCGAGUGUCUCGUCCGGGGGACCCGGAUCGCCUCGCCCCCCGCGGUUCCGAAGAAGCUUUCGAUCUGUCCUGGUGCCGACUGGGAGUGACUCUGACUCGGGGAAUCUUCUCCAAGACAGAAACAAGUACCGAGGAAGCGUUCUGGUCAACGACAAGCGCGUAUCGGCCCACUUCUACCGCCAGAAGUCGUGCUACGUGCCUCAGGAGAUCUUUCUCUUUCCCCACCUGUCGGUCCGAGAGACGCUGACUGUGGCCGCCAACCUCAAGUUGCCCGCCUCCGUCUCCCCGGCGGAAAAGAAGCGCAGGGUAACGGAUAUUCUGAAAACUCUGAAUUUAUUGCAGAGUGAAAAUACUAAAACGAACAAGUUAUCGGGAGGAGAAAGAAGGAGAGUCGGCAUCAUUCAAGAACUAGUAAAUAAUCCACCAAUCAUUAUAUUAGACGAACCUACCAGUGGACUAGACAGCACUUUAGCCUACCAAUGCAUCGACCUUCUGCUAAAACUGGCAAGCGAGGGUAAAACCGUCAUCUGCUCCAUUCACCAACCGAAUUCUACCAUCUUCGAUCUAUUUCACAACAUUCAUGUGCUAUCGGAAGGAAAAUGUAUCUACUCGGGAUCUAGAAAAAUAUUUACAUCUUAUUUGAGUUCUUGUGGCUUGGAAUGCCCUCAAUAUCACAAUCCUGCCGAUUACGCGCUGGACAUAGCUAAUAAUGUGCUUCCGGGAAGAAACGUUUUGCUAUCGAAACAAAACGAUUAUUGGAAUACAGAAUUUCAAACGUUAGGCGAUUGCCAAAAGAUUUCUUGCAUGCAAUUGAAACGUACGACGUAUCCCACCAGCUUUUUCAAUCAGUUCCUGGUUUUGUUAAGAAGGAUUUUUAUUUCUACUUGUAAUCCGGUAACAAUAUUAUUAUAUCUGGUAUCUGAAAUUCUUCUCGCUUCGCUCAUCGGUAUGGUCUAUCGUGGAAGCGGAAAUAGUUCAGACAAGGCACCCGCCAAUUUAGGUUUUCUAGCAUUGACUAUUAUCAUUGUUACGUUUGCUGCAAUAUUACCUACAUUGCUAAACUUUCCGUCGGAGAAAAUUGGAGUACUAAGAGAAUAUCAUAAUGGAUGGUAUAGCGUAACGUCGUAUUUUCUAGCCAAAUCUAUUGCCGAACUACCAAUUAAUUUUAUAUUCCCGUCCAUUUUUGUAUCGCUCGUUUACUGGUUAACCGGACAAUCUCUGGAAGCUUGGAGAUUCUUCUAUUUUGUCGCAUUUGCCGUUGGUCUAGCUCUUAACGCUCAGUCCAUACCCAUCAUAUUUGGUUCUCUGUUCUCCGAUAAGGUUACGGUGUUUUUAGUUUCUGUGAUUUGUCUUCCAUUAUUGUUAUUUUGCAAUUUUUUUGCUAUAAAUAAUCCACUACCUUCAUAUCUGAAAUGGAUAACAAAAGUCUCACCAUUUGCUCUGAGCUAUGAAGGAAUGCUUAUAUGUGUCUACGGAUUUGGAAGAGAACGUUUAGAGUGUAGUCAGUUAUGCUUGUUUACUCCCGAAUUUAUUGUAAAAAUUCUUAAAAUUAGAAAUAAUGACAUUUACACAAAUUUUGCCAUUCUGGGAUCUUCUUUAAUUUUUUUACGAAUUGUUGGAUAUUUAUGUCUACGCUACAGUGUAUCAAGAUUAAAAUGAAGUCAAAAAAUUACUCUCAGAAAUACGAUAACAUACAUAUCCAUAAUUUCAAAAAUUUGCAGAUAACUGUAUGCAGUUUAUUCCAGACAAUUUCCAGAAUCUUCGGUGUAUCCUCAAAACGAAAAACGA